GGAAAGGGGCGGUACCGCUUUAAACACGCCGCGCGCGCUCCCGCGGACGUCAAAAAGGCUGGCGGCGGUGACGCUGAUGUGUUUGGUGCCACGACGGCACGGACAGACGCGGCUGACAGGACGGUUCUUCACUCAAGCAGCCGCUUUGCUCCGGCCGGCAGGAAGUGUCUGAUGAGUACUUUUACAGCCAGCUGAUGGCGUCCACUUUCAACUGAAAAUAGUCCAACAGCUGCCUGCGAUGGAGCUGAAGGAGUGACGGGCUUAAUGCUACAGGAUACGAUUAUAAAACUUUUUUUUUUCAAAGUUCUCUUGAUCAAACAUUUCUUUUGAUCGAGUGGAACCAUGGGGGCCACAGGCUACGGCUACUACCGGGGGACAAUCUUCUGUUGCAUGUUCAUUGGCUACAUGCUCUAUUUCUUCAACAGGAAGACAUUCUCCUUUGUCAUGCCCGCUGUGAUGGAUGAAAUUAGCCUGGACAAAGAUGACUUGGGUCUGAUCACCAGCAGUCAGACCAUGGCAUACGCCAUCAGUAAAUUCAUCAGCGGUGUGUUGUCGGACCAGAUUAGUGCCCGCUGGCUUUUCUCCAUUGGCCUCUUUGUGGUGGGAGGCAUCAACGUGGUUUUCUCCUGGUCUUCUACUGUGAAUAUGUUCGCUGUGCUGUGGUUCGUUAACGGGCUGGGACAAGGCUGCGGCUGGCCGCCAUGUGGGAAGGUCCUACGUAAGUGGUUCGAGCCGUCCCAGUUUGGAACAUGGUGGUCUGUGCUGUCCUGCAGCAUGAACAUGGCGGGAAGUCUAGGUCCGAUAUUGGUCACCGUACUCCUCCACUACUAUGACUGGAGGACCAUCCUAACAAUGUCAGGCAUCUUCUGUGCUGCCUUCUCGCUUGUGACCCUGUUGUUGGUGAAGAAUGAACCAAAGGAUGUGGGCCUUCCCAGUCUUGUGGUAGCGGCCAAGAAGGGAGCAAAGCGAGGCAUCAGUGAAAGCACCCUGAGUGAGUUCCUUCUCUCGCCGUUUCUUUGGGUGCUGUCUCUGGGCUACCUGGUGGUGUUUGGGGUGAAGACAGCUGCAACUGACUGGGGGCAGCUGUUCCUCAUGCAGGAGAAAGGCCAGACUGCUCUAAUGGGCAGUACGUACAUGAGUGCCUUGGAGGUGGGAGGAUUCCUUGGCAGCCUUGCUUCAGGCUUUAUCUCUGACAGAGCUGUUGCGCGCUGUGGCCUGGGCACACAUGGCAACCCCCGCCAUGGCUUGCUGAUUGUAAUGAUGGCUGGUAUGUACAUCUCAAUGUACCUCUUCAGGGUCACCAUCACGCCUGAAAUCCCAAAGGAGGCUCCUCUUUGGGUCCAAGUCCUCCAUCCUGUGUCUGUGCUCCUCGGUGUCUCUGAAAGAGAGAUCUGGAUUCUCUUUCUCGGUGCCAUGUUUGGAUUUUCCUCCUACGGACCAAUCGCUCUGUUCGGUGUGAUUGCAAGCGAAUGUGCGCCCCCCAACUUUUGCGGAACCUCCCACGCUAUCGUAGCUCUGAUGGCUAACGUGGGGGCUUUUGUUGCCGGCCUUCCCUUUAGCACUGUAGCCAAACAACACAGCUGGGACAUGGCGUUCUGGGUCGCCGAGGUCUUAAUGGCUGUCACAACCGUUUUGUUCUUCCUGGUUCGCAACAUGCGCACCAAGAUGGGAAGAAGAGAGAAGAUGGAAUAAAGUACACUGUUAAUGUUGUUACUCACGGUAACGGUGCUGCGUACAUCAUAAUGCACAUAAACGCCACAUCAAAUCUCCUAGUGCACAUUGAACUCAGGGUUAAUUUAUUUAGUUGCUUAGAAUGUGAAAACUAAGAAUUUGACCGCCUGCUGAUUUUGUAAGUUUACCCCCCCAUACAAAAAUAUUUAUUUACAAACGUACAUACAGAAAGCAAUACAAAAUACAUAUAAUUGAUAAAUACAAUGGCUAAAUGAACAUUUAACAUGGAAGAUGUUACUUUCUUUAUUGAAUUUAUUAGUGUUUGUCACCUUCUUUAUCAAAAUGCUGACAUGGUGGCUUGUUUUGUAGUACUGAGACCGAAUCACCGAUGCGUGGGAUUCUUUGUUUAGGCACAUGAUUCCGCAGAAUGAUAGGCAGUAAUAUAUGUAGGUUCAUUUUUGUCCUUAAAAUACAAUGUAUAAAAAUUCAGUGCAGACAAAAAUGUUGCUUCAAAACGCAAGACCCACUUUUAUGGAGGUUAAUGUAUGUAUUUAUUACCAAAGCUUCUUUUUUACACUGAAUUUAUGUAACUGAAUUUUUUCGCGUUUUAAUUUUGAGAACUGAAUAUUAAAACACUGCAUUUUAACAAACUGAAUGUUUAAACACAUGCAUUUGCUUACACAUUUGUAUUCUGUAAAAUUGUCAGCAUAAUUUCAUGUUAAUUUAUGGAGGUACAUUUGUGUCUUUAUUACAAAAGCUUUUUUUGACACUGAUUUUAUAAAACACAAUUUUUUGCAUAUGAAUUUUGUGAACGGAUUUUUAUUUGUAUUUUUUUUUUACAUCAAAUGAUGCUGACAAUUUCACUCAAUAAAAAUUUGAGAGAAAAAUUGUGUUUGAAUAUUCAGUUUGUUAAAAUUCUGUGGAAAAAAAUUUGGUGCAGAAAUAUUUAUCGCUUCAAAACUCACUUCCGGCAAAUGAAGACUGAAGCAAUCGAGCUUGCCUUAGAACCAGCCAAUAAGGUGUCACGUUUGAAGUCACAUGACACAGGUCGAAUAUUUCUGAGCUGAAAUUUUACACACUGAAUUUUAAAACACAAAUUUUGCUUACAAAUUAUAAUCAAUAGAAUUGUCACAUACCUGCCAACUUUUGAAAUCAGAAAAACCUAGUAGCCAGGGUCCAGGGGCCGCAGGCCCCGGUAGGUCCAGGACAAAGUCCUGGUGGGGGGUUCAGGGGGGCUUCUCCCCCCGACGCAAAAUGAUUAUUAGCAUUCAGACAGGUUAAAAUGUUGCUAAAACCAUCACUUUUCUAUCAGUCACAGUGACUUUUCAAAACAAAAAUAUUACAGCAAAAAUCAUAUGGGUUGAUUGACAUGUUUAUUCUGUAAACUAACUUCAAUAGUUUGAAAUUAUUUUGACAGUUAAUGCCAGUUAUCCUGUCAACCUUUCACAAGACUUCAAUUUGUUAAUUUAAAGUAUAAACAGUAUAAACACUUUUUACAGUAAACAAAUGGUAAAACAGUACUAAACAAUUCCAUUAAAAAAAAAAUUGGUGUCAUUAUUAACUUUCUGUCCAAGCUUGUAUAAUCUACUGCCUUGUUCAAUUGUAAAAAAUAUUCUGUGCCUAAAAUUCACAUUUCUAUCACAAUUAUCAUACUGUAAACAUGGUAAGCUAACUUCAUUAAAAUUAAUAGUCCUGUCAAUAGCAUGGAAUUACAAUUCAAAUGUAGUUUUUUUGUAAGCCUUUCAAAAGAAUUCAAAAUAUGAAAAAUUAAUGAAAAUUAAUUUAAGCCAUCAGACACUUGAAAAGUGGCACAUCACAUCUCUAAUGUAAUCAUUUUAACUUUUCAACAGAAAUAGCACUGCAAAAAUAUUAAGGACAUACUUCUGUAUUUUGGUAGUUAUGCUGUCAACAUUUAACAAGAUUUCUUCAACUUGGACUUGAAAGCAUAAAUAGUAUAAACACUUUUAACAGUAUAACAGUACUAAACAAUUCCAAUAGAUAACAUUAGUGUCAUUACCUUUUUGUGGCUAAAAUCCGAAAAACGUUGAAAGUUUUCCACUUGUAUCGCUAGCAACGGCAUUAGACUUGUGUUCUUUUGUCCCAAGGUGGUCUUUUACAUCGCUAAUUCCUCCGUGUCCGAUCGAAAAAUCUUGUCUGCACAAGGUGCAAUUCGCGUAGUUUUCACCCUUUUUGGAACGGAUAAUUAUUCCCGGAUAGGCUUUUGAAUAUUCUUCACGGAAUGACUGCAGUUUUCUUUUCGGUUUAAGACUCGUUUGCAAAUUUUCUCCGGCUGAUUCCAUGAUCGUUCGCUCGUUUGGAAACAAUGCCUCGUGCUUGGCAGCGGUGCUAUAAAUAACCUCGCGCAUUUUUAAAAAAUAUUUUUUUUUAAUUAAUGAAAAACCGUAUUUUUUAUCACUGCAAUCGUAACCCGGAAUAGGUUGAUGAAAACCGUACUAAUUACGGGAAAACCGGAGUAGUUGGCAGGUAUGUUGUCAGCAUAAUUUGACUUAAAAAAAUCAGCGUACAAGAUUCAAACACAAACAAAUUCAGCUGCUAAAGUCAGUGUGCAAUGUUUUGCCAAAAAUGAAGUGCUAAAAAUGAAUCGUAAAAAAACUGAGGUGCCAAAGUCAUUACUGUUUGAUACCAAUGUAUCAAAUAUAGUUUUCAACAUGUUCUUACUUCCUGUUCAACCACACAGGCACACAAUAUGAUCUAUUUUAAUGCUUACGCCAAUUUCUGAUACUAGUAUUUUAAAUGCUAAAGGUGUAUGCCAAAAACAAAGACAUUGACUGCAGGUUAACCUUAUUUUCCGUAUUGAAUGUGUACUGAUGGGGUGUUUGUAUUUUGGAAUAGUUGUCUAAAAUAUAUUUGCACAUAUUUGCUCAUUAUGAUGACAAACAUGCUCAUUAUUAUUAAGGCAUUCAUCACACACUGUUGGCUGUAUGGAUUCAGAUUUUUAAAAACAUUGUUUUUUAAGAGAUUGACUGUCAAUUAUGGCUAUACUGUACUAUUGUAUGUACUAUUGUAAUACUACUGUUGUAGGAUACAAAGGACAUAAUACUGGACAUUUUUUAAAACCUGUGACUUUUGUCAAUUAUUAAUGGGAAUCCACUCAGUGCCUAUUUAGCAUUGAUUUAAGGUCAUGUAAGAUUUAUGUUUUAGUCCCAAUAAAAAUAUCAAUACAAAGUGCUUUUAAAAUUUAAAUUGUGUAUUUUUGGACACAGAAGGGGCUAUUGUCUUUGAUUUAAAACUACCAAUUGACAUCAGUGCCUAACUAUUGUGGUUGUGUGCUUAUUCAAAAUAAUACCUAAAAUAGCACCAAUAUUAAAAGACAAUCUUAUUGUUCCUUAUUAUCCACUACACUCGUUUCAUCUUGUCUAGUAGUGGAAACACCACUCAAACACAAGCAGAAAUAGACAUAUAUACUACACAUUGACAGAGUAUCCAUCUUUAAAGACUUAAGAUGUAAUAUUUGACAGUAUCAUAGACUUUUAGAUUUUUCCGUUCUCCGUGUUUCUCAAAAGCAAAAAGAAAAAUGUACCUAUUCAUUCCGCCAAAUUUAUUUUUGGCAUCCGUCUUUAAAGAUGGAUAUCCCUCAGGUCUGCGACCCCUGGUAGCCUUGCUAACUUCCUGUUAGCCUGACGAGCAUACAGUGCAUCCGGAAAGUAUUAAAGUGCUUCACUUUGACAUUUUGGUAUAUUACAGCCUCAUUCCAAAAUUGAAUAAAUUCAUUUUUGUCCUCAAAAUUCUA